AUGUCCCUCACUACCAUCCGCUCCCCCCCCUCCCUAUCCGACUACACCCCCCUCCCAGACCACCAAUCCCACACCCCAACCUCCUUCUUCUCGCCAACCAAACCCAUCCUCCACCACCACUCCCCCUCCACCAAAGCCUGGCUCACCUCCCCCACCCAACUCGGCAAACUCCCCUUCUUCCCCCUCGACCUCACCACCCGACCAACCCCCCCCGAAUCCCUCGCCCUCUCCCCCGAAUCCCUCCCAACAACCUAUGAACAAGCGCUCGACGUCUUCGUCACAUCCCAAAACCUCGUCCUCUUCUCUCCACAGGCAGAAGUCGGACUGACAAUCCCCUACCACCAAAUCAGCAUCCACGCCGUGCAGAAAAUAGGCGAGUUCAGCAGUGUCUACCUCCAGCUUGAGCUCGCAGAGGGCGGGUCGGGGGAUGAUGAGUGGGAUGCGGUCGAGCUGACGCUUAUUCCCGCUUCCCAGAAACGGGAGGAAGAAGUGACGGUUGGGGGGAGGAGGCCAAAGACGGAGACGGAGAGGUUGUUUGAGGCUAUUUCCGACUGUUCUAACCUUAACCCUGACCCCAAGGGGGAAGGGGAUGAGGAUGAGGAGGAGGAGGAAGAUGGGGCGCGGAUUAUUUUCGAGGGGGAGGCGGUGGAGGGGUUUAGCGGGGUUUUUGCCGGUGCGAGGGAUGGGGGGUUGCCGGCUGCUAUGCCGGGGAGUUCGGGGUGGAUUACGGCGGAGAAUGUGCACGAGUUUUUUGAUGAGGAGGGGAACUGGAUUGGUGGAGGGGAGGGGGAUGGUGAUGCUGGGGGGGAGGGUGGUGGGUGGGUGUUGAGUGAGUCGAUGUUGGGUGGUGGGGCGGGGACGGUUCAUAGGAUGGAUGAGGAUGGGGCUGGGGAGGGGGAUAGUAAGAGGCCGAAGAAGGAGUAG